UGAACGUUUAAAUUACACAUCCGUGGACUCCACUCCCCAAUAGUCAGAGAGCAGUUCUACUAGAUGGAUCUUCACGUCUCGUCCCGUCUGUGACACGAUGGAGCCCGCUGGGUGUACGCCUUGCCCAGGCACGCCUGACCCCUCUCUGACCCCCCGGCACCUUGAGGCCGAGCUGGACUUCUUCCACAAGCUGGGAUACUCCACGGCGCAGGUCACAGCUGUGCUCAAGAAGUACGGCCCCAACACAGACAGAAAUCAAGUUCUCGGAGAGCUGGUUCGGUUGAGAGCCCACAGAGCCAAGCAGGGGUCCGUGACCACCGAGUCGGUGCUGGUUACCAAAAGUGACAUGCAGUCCACAGAGCUUGCCGUGAGGUUGCCGCUUGCUUCUCAUAGCAAAGAGGAGGACAGCGAUGAGGAAGACGCUCUGAGGCCCGUUGUUGUCGAUGGGAGUAAUGUAGCCAUGAGCCAUGGGAACAAGGAAGUUUUCUCUUGUAUGGGAAUCCAGUUGGCCGUGGACUUCUUCUUAAACAGAGGCCACACCACCAUCACCGUGUUUGUUCCCUCUUGGAGGAAAGAGCAGCCGAGACCCGAUGUCCCAAUCUCGGAUCAGAAAAUUCUAUUAGAUCUGGAAAAGAAGAAGUAUCUAACGUUCACACCGUCACGUCGCGUGGGGCACAAGCGGGUGGUUUGCAACGACGACCUGUUCAUCGUUCAGCUGGCCUUCGAGACUGGCGGCGUCAUCGUGUCCAACGACAUGUACCGUGACCUGCAGGUCGACAGGCCGGAGUGGAAGGAUUGCAUCAACGAGAGGCUGCUCAUGUACUCCUUUGUGAACGACAAGUUCAUGGUUCCUGAUGAUCCGCUUGGCCGACACGGUCCAAACCUGGAAAACUUCCUGCGGUGGCUCCCAAAGACUCCAAAAAAACCUCAGAAACCAUGCCCUUAUGGAAAGAAAUGCACCUUUGGACUCAAAUGUAAAUUCCUGCACCCUGAGCGAGCCAAGCAGCCCAAUUGCUUGCUUGCCGAUGAACUUCGAGAGAACGCGAAGCUCCCCUCCACUGCUCCCAAAUCAUCUGUCCAAAGUCCAGUAAAUGGCCAAAGGCACUUAUUCGUAGAUGUGGCAAGCAAAUUGACUCUGGGACAUCAUAAAAGCUCCUUGAAGAAAGACAAACUGACUCACUGCUCGAGGCAGAAGUCCUCAUCUAAAAAGGAGAAGAGCAGUCUGGGCUCCUCUGAUCAUGGCUCUCAUAAGCAGCUAGACUCUGGCAUAGGUUCUAUAGAAAGUCAAUCAGUGGAGGCUCAAGAUGCUAACUGUCAUGUCCAAUACAGAGCAACAUCUUGCAGCUACCAUUCCAUGCUGAAUUCCCAUCCUCGGAGUGCACCAUGCGCCUCUUGGAGAACUUCCCAAGACCAGCAUCUCCAUCACAGCAUCAGGCCAGUGCGUCAUGUCAGUGCCGACAUGAUGCCUAUGGACUUGCCCUCUUACGAAAUCUACGGGGAGGAGAGAAAGGUCGCACGUACAAAGCUCCUCGCUGUUUUCAGAACCAACUUGGUGGACGCAGUGAUGGACAUGUUUCCACACCUGGUGGACCCUGAGAUGUUGGCUGCGGAGAUCGUCAAGAUGCAGAGUGACAAUAAGAUGAGCUAAAACUCCUCAACUCACUUCAACACAGCAACCUCGGCACCAAAAUGCCACAAGAUGGCAGCAAAAGAUUACUUGUGUCUAAAUGAAACAACUCAAUUCACUUCAACGUAGUUCCUUGGCAUGAUACCUUAUUGCUUUGGCCUGAGCACAAAAACAGUACACAGUAGGUGAAUUUGCGAAUGCCGUACCGCAAAUAGGCGGGGCUUUACUGUAUGUUACAGUAAACUACAUGCUUCCGUAGUGAAUGGGACAACAGUGUAGUUGAUACAAAGUGUAUCUUGAUCUACAGUAUCUGACAGUAUCAACGUAAUUGUGGAAUUGAUAUAGUCGAGUGCAGUUCUAGUUUAUGAAAUACACAUUCUGCUUUUAGCAGAUGUUCCAUAUCAAUCUGACUGUAUUAGUUUUGUAUUUGCAAAUAGUAUGUAUAUGAUACAUAAAAUAAGAGCAUAUAUGUAUAUUUUUAUUUCAGGUCAGGUGGUAUAGUGUGGACCAAUUUUCAUUGUGAAGUUCUUGCCUCAAAUCAUUAAGCGAGACACAUAACGAUACUGACUUACACAUUGCAAUGACGCAGAAAAACCUUACGUUUAAUUAAUGAGUAGCAAUGUAUAACAAUAUUGUCUAUUACUGUUAGCAAGGGGUGCACAUAAUAAUGCUGUUCACCAUAACAGCUAUGUAAAAUACCAAUGACUCUAUUGCAAUUCCCGGCACUGCAAAAUACAAGCUAUUACAAAUGGAACAAGUGUCAAAUGCAACUGCCCAAUUGUGUCAGACUUGACCCCAAGUUGCACAAUAUCUUUAGCUCACCUGAUGUAUUCCAAAAAUUCUUUUUUGAGCACGAAAAUGGCGGCGCGUCCACUGCUGCACAAUAUGCAAAUAUUGCAUGCAAGGAGGUUCUUCGGUCCUGCAUGUGUGCACAAGUGAAAAAUCCUGUUCCUGUUGUCAGACAGAAUGACCGAAGCAAGUCUUUCUAUUGCUCUAAUAUUUACUGUGUAUGUGGAACAAAUAACUACAAUUAUAGCGGAAGAUAAUUUCAAGACAAGUUGUAACAUUUUAGUUUCGAUGGCAAUGACUUUAUGAUACUUUUGUAGUUACAUUACCACAGUUGCUUGAGAAGAAUUGCACAAAAUACCGCACAGUCUACUGUAUAUAAUAUGAUCUCGAAUCAGAUGAUUUGAAGCGCUCGUUAAUGUCUCCGCCUGCUGGACGGUUAAGGAACAACAUGUAAGGUGAAGCUGCAGUGGCAACACCACAGUAUGUAUACAUAUUUGUAAAAUAAAUGAAUCACGUGCAAUACUGUAA